UGUUGCCCGUGAUUUCUAAUGGCGGCCCUGCCCACGCCAAUACAAGACUUAUGUUGUCUGAAACAGAGCACAGAGACCUACAGCAAUUCCUAAAGACCAGAAUGUAGAAAGUCCAAAAACGGCUGAUUGCAGAAGAAGAUACUGCAAAAUUGAGAUAUGCCUCCAAAGCAAAAGGGAAAAGCUCAAAAGAAAAAGGGGAAGAAAACAAAGAAUGGAACAAGCUCAGUGGAGGAACAGUUUCGCAAGGCAUUGUUGGAAGUUGAAGUUUUACAGGAUCACUUGGCUCUACGCAGGCAAGUAACACGGCGAACUCAGGAACACAAAGAGGAGCUGCGUGCAAAAUUGCAGGACCUGCAGGGAGACCUGCAUGAGGAGAAAGAUGAGAAACAUGCUAUUUACAGUGAGAUGACUCGUCAGCAGCAGGCUUUGGAACAGCAGAGCUCAGCAUCUAUCCAGGCCCUGAAACAGGAGGUGGAAGAACUUAGGUUACAACUUGGUGACACUCAGCAAGAACUAGAGGAGGUUCGAGAAGAAUUGGAGCACACAAAAUCCAAGAAAGAUGCUGAAAUUACACACCUGCGUGGAGAGGUGGAAAACAUGGAGUCAGAAUAUGAGAAUUUGUUGCAUUCCUGCCUGGAUCAUCUACUUUCAAAGCUCAGUGGGGCAGAACUGCAGUGGAAGGAUCAGGCCUUGUCUAUCCAUCAACAACACAAACAGAUGUUACAGGACUAUGGAUUAAACCCUCUCGACUUCUAAUGAUUUAGAUAAAACAAUAGAUAUUAUGGAAUUACCACCAUAUGAGGACGUGCAGUUACAGAACGGUGAGGUCAAGUGGUUCAGAAUACACUGGUGUGGGGUAGUUAUCUAUGGAGCAAGGUGGUAGGCCAAAGUAGACUUUGUCAGCUGAAUGGAAAUAUGAGUGGGGUUUAUUAGAGUGGUCUGCUCUGACCUAAAAAUGUAGUCGAUCAGGUACCUUUGUCAAAGUAUGAGUGGGUCCUCCACAGCUGAUUUAGAAUUGGGAGGACUCUUCAAGUCCAAGAAUUUACCAGCCUGACAAUAAAAAAACAUCUUCAUAAUGGACUGAAGAAGUUUCUUCUGUUGUAGAAAUAAAGUAGGUCAUUCCAAAGCUUAUGAUGGAUUAUUGAUGAUGUAUUUUAUAGUGUACCUUUGUCAAAUGACUGCAUGUACCAAACACAGCAGAAAACUAAAAACAAAAUCUUUAAAAAAGA